AUGCCAUCAUGCCACUUGCCCUUUUGCUCGCUUCUCCGUAGUCGCAGCUUUCUCGGGCUCGGAAGAGCUCGUGCUCUUACACCACGAUGGUUCACUUCAUCUCCAAGAUUCAGCACCGUAUUCUACAGAAGCCAAAGGGAUGAAGCGAAUCCACGUUCCGAGCUUGAUCUCUCCAAAUUACCAGCAGAAUCUGCCUAUCUCGACUUCAUAUUAGGCUCACCAAAGGAAGAGAAUGCAUCUGCGGAUGCUCAGCCCGAGCGCGAAGACCGUGCGCAUUCCGAAGAGGCAGAGGGCAAUAAGCGUCCAGUGACAAAGCGAUCAACUUCGCGACAGCGGCGUGCUCAGAAGAGUCGCUCAAGUGGAAAUGGUAAAAGUUCCAUUGACUCUACUCCUUGCGCUCUAAAAUCCGGUGUGGAGGAAGAGCGAGUACGCGGAUCAAACGCUCCGGACGCUGCUUCUUACCAACGCGGUUCCAAGGUGCCCAGGCCACGGCUGCAUAUAUCUCGACCCCAAGCCAGUAAGCACAGCUGGCGUGUCUUGGUGAGAUAUAUCAAGCCCCAGGAAGGUCGAGACCACGCUACAGGCCAGACGACAUCUUGGAUUCGCGUAAAGCGCACACGGGAGUCGCUGCGAUGGUUUUGGAAUCGGGAAUUUGGCAAGCUACGAAAGCGCUACAACCCCAGCUUCGGUUACGAGCCCGACUCACUACAGCUUAGCCUGUCGACACAUGCCGAGAGAUGGGCCAAAGAAAUACUGGAGGAGAUAGGAGUACAGGAUGACCAAGACAUACCGCCAGAUCUUGUACCAAGUGCUAUUGGACUCUCCCGGUGGCAGCAAAUUGCACUGUGGCUACUUGAAAAUGAACCUCGACAUAUGCUGGCAUUCCUGCGGUAUACGCACACCUCUCCCUAUCCACCCCAGGAAUGCAUCUCGAAUGCUCUGUGGUAUUUAUCGGAGUAUUUCAGUGGGCAUGACAACUCCGUUAUGUGGCAGAAAGAGAUUUCGCUUCUCGUCGACCUUUUCGCUCAUUUGUCUAAGCGAGACUCCCUUCCCGGUGGAGAAAGACGACGAAUCAGAAUGUUUAACUCCUUCUUCCGAAACAUUCUCCAACACUGCAGCGAGCAGGAAGGCCGCGAGGUGUACCGUGCCGUCAAAGCUCACGAUGUAGGGUUGCGUUGGGGCUCGUUCCUACACUUCACGACUUUCUUCGCACGAAAUGGACAAUUUGAGCAAGCCUUGGAUGCGCUCUUAGAGGCUAAAAGUCGACACGCUCCCCUAGACUCGAAUGGUUUUCUCAGCAAUUGCGCCACGCUCCUUCGCAGCUCCGUCAGGCAAGCGGGCGGGCUGAGAGUAUCGCUGCGUAUAUUUGAUAAUCUGGUCAGCAUGGGACUUGCACUGAAUGUCCAGCUCUGCAACAUCCUCAUGCUGAACGCUGUGGAGGCGCACGACGUCAACAGUGCGAUGUCCAUCUACCAGUCUCUUGUUCAGCACGGUCUUGAGGCAGACAAGUACACCUUUACCAUACUCCUAAAAGGUUGCAAAGCGGACAUAGACAAUGCGGAGCUUCUCAAUACGACGAUCAGGAGCUCAAUCGAACACGUCGACGUGCUUCAUUCACCUGUCGUUGCACUUGAAAUACUCCAUUGUCUUGCGCUGCACCAUACUAAGCACAAUCUCGACAAUUCUUUUCAAAUUGUGGCCGAUGCUCUCGCGCAGCUGUUCGAUGUCGAGCCUCUCGAGAAAAUUGGUAUACAGCUGCCCAAUCUGUCAAAGCCUAGCCACCCAGGUCAGCCAAAGCUACCGCUCACCCCGGCAGCGUUUGGAAUCAUUCUUGCGGUGUACUUGGAGCAUGUGUUCCGGAGGACUCGAUCAAAUCUGACGGCGAACGAACUAUAUCAACGAUACAAAGCAGCCGCUGACGCUCAGCUUGAGCCGUUUGUUAGCACAGUAGAAGAGGACUACAUCUUCAAUACCUUUCUGAUGAGCUUCAUCAAGACGAAGAAAGGUUUGCUCUAUGCGGCGGGGGUCAUCAAGGACAUGCAAAGUCAGAAGCUAGGCCAUGCGAGGCGGUGCAAACCCACAGUGCAGACCUGGUCCAUAUUCUUGCAUGGCUUCACUGAGCACAAGCAGAUGCGGCUGGCCGAGCAAGUGCUGAACUACAUGCGCAGUAAGGGCAUCGAACCGAAUCAGGUUACCUGGAAUAUCCUGGUGACGGGUUACGCUGCCGUUCAAGACGUGGAAGGGACUCUAGAUGCUGUUCGGAGAAUGGAAGCCGAUGGGGCAACGUGGGACCCAUGGAUGAUGGCUGGACUGAGGAAAUUGAAAGACCAGACGAAGUUUGGGGAGCAUUAUUCGAGCACGAUGGGGAUGCCGCAGUAUGAUUUCACGACUGACAUCAAAGAGAGAUUGGGCGAACGACUUUCGACACCUGACGAGAUUGAGCUCGAGGAGAAGAAGCAAGAUGAUGGUUAUGGCUCAGCGCUUGUGGGAGAGAGCGAGAGAUAG